AUGUUUGCGACGCUCGUCCGGCGGCUGGCCCAGGCCGGCAAGGAGCCCGUCGCAAAGCGGGUGCCGCUGACCAUCUACACGAACCCUCACAAAGCGCGGAAGCUGUGGCCGCCAGACUUCCGCGAGCUCAACUCCCAGCAGCAGCUUCGGUUCGAGAAAAAGUACAAGCGCCGCAUACGCAUGGCCAGCCACUCGCCGAGGUGGAUAAAGGGCACCAAGUAUGCGCAGCUCGUGACCACGGCAGUUGUCUUGGUCUACAUCUUCUUCUACGCCGAUUUCGAAUUCUGGGGACAGGAAUAUAAGCCAUCCGUGGAGAUGCGCCGACAUGCUAUGAAUGUAUUUGGCGUCAUGGAUCCCGAGAAACGGUACGAACGUCGCGAGGACGCUCCGGAAACGGGGGUGCCUACAAAGGGACCGGCGUCACAGUCCAAAUAA